ACUUGAACUCUAGCUAUCGUGGGUUGCCUCCGACCACACAUAUCGCGAAUCCGUGUAUCGUUCGCUAGUUUUCUUGACGAAUUUUCCUCAAAGGAAAACCGACGCGUCGUUGUAGGAAGACCGCAAAAAUUCGUUACCAUGCUCCGGAAUUGUUAAUAUGAUGAAGUUUGUGGUGUCCAAAUGUGCGACCGAAUAUACAAAGUGCUCCCUUAAAAACAGCCAAUAUGGGUCAGAUUGUUUUGGUAGGGUUCAUGUGUUGGAAACAUAAAUUAAAGUUGAUAAUAUGUCUUCUAUGAAGAAAGGAUCGUCCAAACGAUUCGAAGACCCCAUGGAUGAUGACUCCGACGACAAGGAUUCAAAACGAAAAUCUAGAAAUUUAAGUGAGAAAAAACGAAGAGACCAAUUUAAUAUGCUCGUAAACGAAUUGAGCUCAAUGGUGUCUACCGGCAGUAGAAAAAUGGACAAAUCAACGGUACUCAAAUCAACUAUUUCGUUUUUAAAAAAUCAUAAUGAAAUUACUGUGAGAUCUCGAGUAAACGAAAUUCAAGAAGACUGGAAACCUACGUUUUUAACGAAUGAAGAAUUCAUCCAUUUAGUGUUAGAAGCCGUCGAUGGUUUCAUAAUCAUAUUUUCUACUUCAGGACAAAUUUAUUACACGUCAGAAAGUGUUGCUUCGCUUCUAGGAUAUCUACCAAAGGACAUACUGAAGAUGACAAUAUAUGAACUUACAAGCGAAGAAGAGCACUCUAGUCUAUACAAUGUACUUAAUCCGUCCGAAGAGGAGAAACCAGUGGCCUUUUCCUGUCACAUGAAACGAGGAGGUCCUGGAGCCAAAACUGAUAUAUUAUACGAGUUGGUGCAUUUUAUGGGAUACUUUAGGUCAGACGAAGAUUGCGUUCACGGCGAAAAUCGAUACAGUGGAUAUUCCGGCGAAGGAGACACGAGGUUAGUUUUCAUCGGAACAGGUAGAAUGCAAACCCCGCAAUUGAUUAAAGAAAUGCCACUGGUGGAUUCAGCGAAAAACGAGUUUUCUUCUAGACACAGUCUUGAAUGGAAGUUCCUUUUUUUAGACCAUCGAGCUCCUCCCAUCAUAGGCUAUCUACCUUUUGAACUCUUGGGUACAUCAGGUUAUGACUACUACCACGUGGACGACUUGGAAAAGGUGGUAUUGUGUCACGAAUCUCUUAUGCAAAAGGGAGAAGGUACUUCGUGCUACUACAGGUUCUUAACGAAGAGCCAGCAAUGGAUUUGGCUGCAAACACGGUUCUACAUCACCUACCAUCAGUGGAACUCAAAACCAGAAUUUAUUGUAUGCACCCAUAGAGUAGUAAGUUAUAUAGACGUUAUGAAGCAAAGCCGUAAAGGGGAAACUGACUCUAGCGAAACUUUCGAUCAGCCCGAAGAACCGUCCCCUUCGGCGAUUAUGUCAUGGACAGCAACUAGUCCGAACGCCAGUGUCGCAGGUACGGGUACGGCCAAAAGCGUGGUUCACCAUGGUCCAGCGUCAGAUUGUACUUCGAUGUCUGCAGAUUCGCCGGGUUCCAGACAAUCCAUGAGCACUCAUCGAUCCAAUACAAAACAAAGAAAUAACUACGGGAAUACCCAACCUGUUAUCAGUCAGUCCAGUCCAGCUCAGGCCACUACGCAACAAGUUCUACCUCAACAGUCCCAACCUCAACAGCAACUCCAGUCUCCCACCCAGCUUCAACCACAACCCCAUCUGCAUCAGCAUACCAUGCAAAUACCCCCACAGCCCCAACCCAUUCCUUCAUCGCAAUUCUUGGAUCCUCAACACUACGUGACGGCAAUUCCUGUUCAGCAGUUGAUUACGAACUUUCCUUCGCCUGGAGUCCUUUCGCCUACGCCAGUGGAAAAUCUGGUAAUGUCUGCGUCACCUUCGCAACUGCAGGCAGACCUUCAGAGGAAACAUGCAGAACUGCAAGUAAUGAUUGGACAACAACAACAGGAGCUGAGGAGGGUAUCAGAACAACUCCUUAUGGCACGGUUAGGAUUAUUACCUGGUAGUCAGCCACAAGUGCAACCGCCUAUAUCCUACCAAGCAAACAAUCCUGGGAUCGUCAGUAGCACCACAACGACAAUUCAACGAUUACCUCCGAUGCAAGGACCUGCUUCCGUGAUAGUACCCGUUUCGGUGCCGAUAUCGUUGCAUCAACAUCAGCAUCAACAGACUUUAAUGUACAGUACGCCUGAUUCGAACACUCAAUCGAAGUGAUAUCUUUAGACGAAGUGGUUUAGUUUAGUAGUGUACAAGCGUGAUCAUGGUGGCUUGGCGGCCAAAAAGCAUUUUUGAAUAUUGGACAUCUAGUAAUGUCUUUAUAUUUUAUUGAAAAUUUACAUUAAGAGAAAUAAUUUAAAAAGCUCACAAUUAAUAUAUUCUAUCAUGGACGAUCGGUUUCCGAUACUAUAAUUUUAUGCAUCUUUCAAUCAACUAGACAGUCUAGACAGCACUCUAAUACUGGUUACUGAUUUAUUCCAAUUUCAGCACUUAAUUUUGCCGUACCGGCGACCUGAGGAUGCAUAGUAAAUUAUAGUAUGCGAAAUAAGCCACAAUUUUACCAAAAAAAUGAUUUUAUUAACGUUUCGACGCCCUAGUCAAAAUACAAAAUAAUACUAGAUUAAACAAAAACGUUGUUGCUUAGCAAAAAAUUCUUCUAAUAAUUUAUUUAAUCUGACUCAUUUAUAUUGGCAAUUCAGACGUAUGUUAUACAUUUUAAAGUAGAAGACUUUAAAAUGAUAUCGCCAAUAUUUAUGAGUUGCGUUCCUGGGACGACUUUACUAAAAGAUAGUUCAUUCGAUUACAUGAAAUUAAUCCCAACUCAAGAAUAUCCGUCACAAAAAAUCAUAGCAUGUGAUCUGUCUUUAAAAAGACAACCAAAUGCAACGAUGACAGUAAAAUUCUCGCGUUAGAGAUUCCAUAGUAAAUCACGAGGGAAAACCAGGAAAAAACCGCGUGAUACUAUCCCGACAUCGUAAGGUUUUGGUCUUACAUUUAAUUUACUUUCUUUUAAAAUAUUAUUAGUAUGGUAUAACUAGACCCAAACCCAGACAUGCAAAGUGAAAGUUAUCCUCUAACACCACAAUGUUGUAGUUCUAUAUGGUCCACAUAAUGUUCAGAAAAAAGUCACACUAUUUUGAGCGUCGGGUUUGGGGGGAGAGGGAGGAGAAAUCGAUAAAUUCGUAGUUUUUUACGUUUUUCGUCAAUAUUUCUUAAACUAUGCGGUUUAGUAUGAACAAGCUUCUACACAAAAAUGUCCUACAUUAAAUUUGAAAUAAAAAAAGUCCCAUGCAUAAUCCUUCUAAAAUGAACUGUUCUUGACCUAACCAAAGUUAGGGAGGUAGUUUAGUAUAAUUGGUCCAAAAAAGGCCUAACCCAUACAUCCAAAGUAAAAGUUUCGCCUUAACACCAAAUUGUUCUAUAUGGUCCACAUAUUGUUCAGUAAAAAGUUACACCAUUUUGAGCGUCCGGUUUGUAGAAUAUUUUUGUAUAGAACAUUGUUUACGCCAAAGCAUAGUUUUAGAAAUAUUGACGAAGAACGUAAAAAAAACUACUAAUUUACCUACUUUUCCUUCAUCUCCCCCCAAACCGGACUCUCAAAAUGGUCUAACUUUUUACUGAAAAAUAUUUGGACCAUAUAGAACAAUUUGGUGUUGGAGGAAAACUUUUACUUUGGAUGUCUGGGUUAGUCCUUUUUUUUGGACCAAUUAUACUAUACUACCUCCGUAACUUUGGAACCGUUCAUUUUAGAAGGAUCAUGCAUAAAACUUUUCUUAUUUAAAAUUUAAUGUAGAACAUUUUUGUAUAGGAGGUUACGAAACGUAAAAAACUACGAAUUUGCCGAUUUCUCCCCCUUUCCCCCCCCCCCCCCCAAACCCGACGCUCAAAAAAUGGUGUGACUUUUUUCUGAACAUUAGAAAUAUGGACUAUAUAGAACAAUUUGGUGUUGGAGGAUAACUUUCACUUUGGAUGUCUGGGUUAUGCCAUCUUUUGGAUCAAUUGUAUCAUACAAUAUAGAACACUUUAAUUUAAUCACUUAUUAUCUACCAUGUAAAAAAGGCAAUAGAGUCAUUUAUUAUAAAAUUAUUGUAUACAAAUAUUGUUCUUAAUCGAAUAAAUCCUUAGUUUUAGGACUUGUUGAAGGAUAAAAAGUAAAAUAAAUCAAAAAUGCUAUUUGGCUAACGGCUAAAUAUAGCUCACGAAUAUUCUUCUUAUUUAAUUGUACAAAUUUAAAUAAUUAAUUAUAGAAACUAGUUGAAUAUUUUGUAUAUAUUAGGAAAUAAUAUAACUAUGAAAUGAUGUAUCAUCUUUUGUAGCUUUUUUAUUUAUUUGAGAUUUUGUAAUAUAAAAAGUCCGAUAUAGAGCUGAAGCACUCAUACAGUGCUUUAUAGUUAUUUUUAUAAACAAAUGCGUAAAGAGAAAAGGUUUUUGUUUCUAGAAUAUUAUGCACAUUUAUAUUCUUAUAAAUUUUAAUUUGAGCCAUCAAGAACAAAAAUAUUUUUCUAUGGAUGCUAUACAAUGUGCAACUUCUCUCACUACUUACCUAUAUUCAAAACGAAAAAUUUCUCACGCAGUGAGCAAAGUAGACCAUUACAGUGAGAAUUAAAUUUUCUUACUGGUUCACCGCCGAUUUUCCAUGCAUAUGAUAGCCGUUACCGUGGUAACAUGCACAAUACAAACUCAAUUAAUGUUGUUUAACAAAAUGUGUUGAAGCAAAACUUACCAGGAAUUACCUUUCAAAACUGUUCAAAAAUAACUGUAAAUUAUAAAUUUAAAUAAAUAAAGUGUUAAAACAAAAUCAAUGGGAAAGUCCCAGUAGCCGGCUGUAUACCAUAAUUCAAAAUCAUACAGAACAAGUAGUAACUUCGUUUGUACAUAUAAUGGUAUAAAAAGUUUAUUGAAAAAGUAUUAAAAAGUCAUCCAAAGGGAUUCGCAAAACGUUUUCAAUCUAGAUCAGAUCAUCUUCAGUGCCUAGA